AUUUUAAAUGUAUCAGACAAUGAAAUGAGGAUUAUAGUCAACAUUAUUAAUAAUAAUAGUAGACAUAGUAAUAAGAUCAUUCAUAUUCAUCAACUAGAAUUAUAUUCAUGAUAUUCAUGGAUACUUUAUUUAUUAUUUAUAUUGUUGUAUUCACAUUACUAAACAAUCUGUGCACAAACUAUGAAUUGAAUAUUGAACCAGUUAAAACAAUUAUUGAAGACACUUAUGUUUCUGGCUGGAUGAGUUGGACCAAAAAUGGUGACAAAUAUUUUGGAUGGCGAUAUCAAAGUUUGGCUGGAACAGGUCAAAUUGUCUAUGGUAUAUGUGAGAAAAAACAUUCCAUUGUACAUGGUCAAAUAAAACAAACUAUAGAAUUACAGAAUCAAAGUAUCAUAUCUGAAACAAGAUUAUCAUCAUUAUCAUCAUCAUCACCAUCAUCAUCAACGCUAUCAUCUAUAGAAAAAGAAAAUGUACCUACUGAAUUUUGGUUAUUCAGUCCAUUGUAUAAAACAGAUACCAUAUUAAAUGUUCAAUUAGAGAUUACAUAUCAAAUGAAAAGUUGUUUACAACUUGGUUAUUUACAUCAAUCAAUUGAAUGUAAAGAACAUUUAGAUAUAUUAGCUUAUCAUAGUGAUAUACAUUUAUCACCUAUGGUACCAAAGGAUUUUACAGAAUUGCAUAGAUUAACAUUUCAAGAUGGUGAAUCAUUUACAAAUGAACUUAUAACAAGUAAUUCAUUAAAACGUGUCACAAUACAAAUACGUCCAAAAAUGAAAUGGUUACAAAUUGCAUUUCGUGAUAAUGGUUCAUGUGUUCUAAUUGAUCGUUUAAUUAUUUAUCAUUUAUCUUGUCCAGCAACUAAAUUUCGUCUAAUUAAUUUACCUGAAACUGAAGCUGGACAUAAUAAAGAAGUGAGACAAAUUCAUGUACAAUGUAUUCCAGGAUCAAUUUUUGUUAAUCAAUAUUCUACAUUUACAAAAUCAAAUGAUCAUUCUAUUCAUAAUAAUAAAUUAUUUAAUAAUAUAAAUGAUGAAAAUAAUGGUUUAGCAUUUUGUAUGUCUGAUGGUACAUGGCAUUUACAAACAAAUCAUGGAUGUGUAUGUGAUGCAGGCUAUGAAUUGGUUGAACAUACAGAAACAUGUCAAGCUUGUCCAAGAGGAAUGUUUAAAUCAUCACCUGGUUUACAACCUUGCAGUUUAUGUCCAUUGAAUUCAAUUGCACCACAUGCUGGUUUUCGUAUAUGUCAUUGUUUAUCGGGAUAUUUUCGUAUUGCUCCAAAUUUAUCUGCUGAACACAGUUGUUUAGGCCCACCUUCAGCUCCAAGAAAUUUAAAUGCUAUACACAUUAAUGGAACAUCAGUGAUUUUAUCCUGGGAUCCACCAAUUCGUUUAGGUGGUUUUCAUGAAACUUUAUAUCAUGUUCAAUGUCAAGGAUGUCAAAUAGAUACAGUUAAAUAUCAACCUGGAAAUCAUCUAAACGAGACUAAAGUUACAAUAACAGGACUAAAUCCACAGACACGUUAUCAGUUCGAUGUUUAUGCACACAAUGCUGUAUCAACCAAAACAGGUACUAUGUGGAUUAAUGUAGCUAGUGUAAUGGUUACAACAGGAUCAGCACCAACUUAUCUUAUUUCUAAUAUUCAAACAAAUUGGCUUAAUAUAAGUACAGUUCAUAUAAAAUGGGAUGUUUAUCAAGUUAUAACAUCACCAUCAUCAUUAUCAUCGUCACCGCCAUCUCCAUCUCCAUCGACAAUCAUUUCAUCGAAUAUAACUAAUCAAUUAGAUACAAUUAAAAUCGAUAAAAUACCAACUAAUUUAUUAUCAUCAAAUAUGAAAUUUCAAUUAUGUUUAUUUGAUCAAACAAAUCAAAAUUUACAAAUAAAUAAUUUUACUUAUUUUACUAAAAUCAAUCAAACUAAUAAAAGUCAUAGUAACUAUGGUGAUUAUAAAAAAAUGAAUGUAAAUAUCACUUACAUUGGAAACAAUAAUAGUAAUAAUAAUCAGAUCCUUAAUAAUAAUAAUAACCAUAAUGGUAAUAGAAGAAGAAGACAACAUUUUGUUUUUAAUAAAGGAAUACAACAAACUGAUCAUACACAUGGUACUGGACUUAUUGGACAUCCAGAUGCUGUACAUUAUACUAGUCAAUCAGAAAUUAUAUUAUAUAAUUUAUAUGCAAAAUCAGGAUUCUUAAUACAAAUUCGAGCUCAAAAUCCUAACGCUUACUGUCCGUUUAGUUCUCCAAUCCUUUUAUUAUCACCAAAAUUUAAUAUAACUGCUAACUCAUUAGAAUUAUUUAACAAUCAUCAAAUGAAUAAGAUUAUCAAUGAAAGUAAUUACAAUCAAUUUGAUCCUAUUAUACCUAUAUCUACAUCAACAUUACAUUCAAUACAUAAUCAAAUAUCUACUCAUUCAUCUUCUUUUAUAAAUGAUCAAUCAUUUGAAAAUUAUACAAUAGAUAAGUUAACUAAUCGAAGUUUAUCAUUAUUAACAAUAACAUCAAAUCCAUCGGUAUUAACUAUUGGACUAUUUCUCUCCGUUGCUUUAACUACAGUGAUCAGUAUUAUUUUAUUGAUAACGUUAAUUGUGUUAUGUAUUUAUCGUAAUGAAAGGCGUCGUAAACUUAUUCAAAAGAAAAUCAGUCAAUUAUGGUCCAAUGUAAAUCAAUAUUUUCUGUCCAAAUUACUUAAAACUGAAAAGAAUAAAAAUAAUAUGAAAUCUGUCCUACUUAUUGACAAUAUACCAGUAAAUAUAAUUCCAUAUCAUCAAAUUAAAAUUAUUAGUCGAUUAGGCGAAAAUAGAUGUGGUUCAACUUAUUUGGCUAAAUUAUUCAAUUAUCAUUUAUCAACACCUUCAAUGAUAAUAUCAAGUCUAUUCAAUUCUCGUCAUUCUGAUGUAAUAUAUCCAUUGAAGAAUUUUUAUCAAAUUGAUAAUUCUAAUAAAAUUAAUAAUAAAAUCAAUAAUAAUUUGAUCUCAAAUAUUAUAGAAAAUCAAUGGGAUCAAACUAUUCAAACAUUUCAUAAUGAUAAUAAUAAUAAUGAUAAUUUAUUAAUGAUGAAUAAUUUAACUGAAUUACAUCACAACAAACUGAUUACAUCAUUCACCAAUUCUAAUCCAAAUAAUACUAAUUCUAUUUAUAUCUUUAUACAAGAUUUAUCACAUUUGAAUCUAUUAUGUAAUCAACAAUUUCAUCAUUAUAAGAAUUCAUUAUAUAAAGUAUCAUUGAAUUGUAUAUGGAAUAAUCCAAGAAGUAAAUUAUCAUCAUGGGCAUCAUCAUCAUCAGCAUCAUCAUCAUCAUUAUCAUCCAUUAGAUUACGAUCUAAAAUUAAAAAAUUCUUAUUAUCCAAUGAAAAUUUAAUGAAAUUUAUUAUCAAUUAUACACAGUUAAAUCAUGUGAAUAUUGUCAAAUUUUAUGGUUUAAGUAUAAUAGAUAGAUCAAUGAAAUAUUCUUCAUAUUCAAUAAUUACAGAGUACUGUAUCAAUGGAUCAUUGGAUAUGUAUUUGAAAAAUCUUUUACAAGGAACUCAAUCAAUUACAUUAGACAAUAAUAAUCAUACCGUUUCAUUCAAUUUAUAUCAAGCCAUUAAAAUGCUUUUACAAAUAUUAUCUGGAUUAGAAUAUCUUACAUUGAAUUCAUUUACAAUUGAAAAUUUUACAAGUAAAUCUGUAUUCCUGGAUGAUUGUUUUAAUUGUAAAUUAAAAAUUCAAUUUAAUUCAUUAGUAUGCUCUAAUAAACAAUACACUACAACUGACAAUACCAAAUUCAAUGAUGGUUUCUUUCAACCGUUAUUACUAAAUAAUGAAUUUACCAAUGAUUGUAUUCAUUCAACAAUCAGUGAAGAUCCUAAGAGAUUAGAUAAAUGCAAUAUUCAUCAAUCAUUAUUAAUGAAUCAUUCAUAUAAUAUACAAAAACCAUUCAAUUGUAUUGAUAAUAAUCUUUAUGAAAUUUAUCAAAUAAUCAUUAACAAUACAAAAUCUUUAAUUGAAAAUACUACUGCCACUACUACUGAUACUACUAAUACUACUACUAAUAAUAAUAAUUCAUAUUACAAAUGUGUAGAUAAUGAAAUAGAAAACUUAAAUCAAUCAACAAAUAUUAUACUAUCAACAACUACACUACUAACAACUAAUUGUUAUUUAAGUAAUAGAUUAUCAUUUAGUCAAUUAAUCAUUGAAUUAAUGAUAGCUUAUUUAAUGUUAGAAAAUAAACACAAAUUUAUUGAUAUGAUUCAAAUAAUCAAUAAAAAUCAUGAUCAUAAUCAAUAUUAUGAUAAUCAUUGUUAUCAAAAUAUUAACUUAAACAAUAUAUCAACAGAUGAAUUGUCUAGUUUGAAUACAUCAUAUCCAUAUCCAACUUCUAUUGUACAUAAUCUUUUGCAACAACAACAACAGCAGCAGCAAACACCACCACCACAACAACAACAACCCUCACAUACUAUUGAUGAUAAAUAUAAAUAUCAAACAUUACCAAUAUUGAAACAAUCAUCCAAUAAUAAUCAUUAUAAUUAUAAUGGUAAUACAAUUCAAAUGAUCAAUUACAAUCCAAUGACACAAUCAAUUACACAUUCCAAUAAUGAAUGUUUACAAUUAUUAGAUCAACUUAUUAAUCAACCAAUGAAUUUAUCAAAACAUUUAUAUAUUCAUUAUAUAUGUCAAUUUAUACGUUAUUGGUUACCAUUAUGUAAAUUAGAUGAAUUAAUUAUUCAUUGUAGAUAUUCUUUAUUAUCAUUUAAUGAUAUAAGAAAUCAAUUAAAAUCUAUCAUUAAAUUAAUGAAAUUAACAUCUAUGACAUGUCAAUUCAAUAAAUCGAUUAUUGAUGAAACAUUAAUUGAUUUAAAUGAAAACCAAGAUGUAACAAAACUAACUCAGUCUUAAAUGAUGUCAUCAUUUACCAUUGAGAACUAUACACAAAAUUUCUGAAUUACAUUUCAUACAAUAAAAGAUUCUUUGUAUGUACCAUUUAGUUCAUCAAUUAAAUUGUAUAAAUAUAAUAAAUAAGAAAGCUGAAUGUUAAUUACCUCAUAAAAUAUUGUACAGCAAAAAUGGGAAAAUACAAAAAACUACAAAAAAAAGAGAACAGACAAUUUUACCAUCCAAUCGAUAUAAAGUGUAAAAAAAAAUCAAUGAUCAUUACUUUUGAUUAAGUUUUUUUGUACAAAUACACUUUUUUUCUCACAAAUA